UGGCUCCACAGGGAACACAGUGACAUGAAAGCCACACUGCAGACCCGCCUCCUGGCCAUCUCCUUCAUCUGCCUGCUCUCAGAGGUGUACGCUCAGCAGUGCCAGACCCCCUGUGUCUGCCCCUGGACGCCACCCCAAUGUCCGCCAGGGGUACCCUUGGCUCUGGAUGGUUGUGGGUGCUGCCUGGUGUGUGCACGACAGUUGGGGGAGUCCUGUGACCAUCGGCACGUCUGCGACACGAUGCAGGGCCUGGUCUGCCAACCUGGCACGGGCCCCAGUGGCCUUGGAGCUGUUUGCCUCUUGAGAGAGGACAACGGGAGCUGUGAGGUGGAUGGACGCCUAUACCAGGAAGGGGAGACCUUCCAGCCCAGUUGCAGGACCUACUGUCGCUGCGAGGACGGGGGUGUCACCUGCCUGCCGCUGUGCCACGAGGAUGUGCGGCUGCCCAGCGCAGACUGCCCACACCCCAGGAGGGUGGAGAUCCCAGGCAGGUGCUGCCCUGAGUGGGUGUGCAGCCAGGGAGCGGCACUGGGGAACUGGCCCUAUGCCGCCCAAGGACGCCAGAUUCCUGGCCUUGCCGCCACCUCACCUGCUGGCAUCCCCUGCCCAGAAUGGAGCACAGCCUGGGGUCCCUGCUCAACCACCUGUGGACUGGGUUUGUCCACCCGUGUGUCCAACCAGAACAGCUUCUGCCGACUGGAGACCCAGCACCGCCUGUGUCUGCCUAGACUCUGUCCACCACCCAGGGGUCGCAGACCAUGGGACAGUGCCUUCUAG